UUUCCCAGAAACCAAACAACCACAAAACACCAAAAAGCCAGCCAUCUGCCUACUAUCUCUCUAUAAUUUUUUUUUUAAAAAAAUUCAGUCAAAGUGUGGAAUUGGUCAGUCACCGUCGUGGGGUGACAGCUAACUCAACUUAUAAAAAUCGGUUUCACACUCAAUUUUCUUCCUUUGUUCAUGGGCUCAAGCUACUCUGCUUUGUUUUUUGUCGAGUGUGCUGUGUUUUCUGUACUUCUCUAAUCUUUGGCAGCGGGGGGUGGUGAGAAGAGUGAAGAGCUCUGAGCUUUGAGCUUUGAACUUUCAGUUUUUUGUUAAUGGGUUCAUGCUUUAGUGUAAGAAUUAAAGCUGAGAAUCCUCUUCACAAUGAUGCACUUGUAAACUCGAAGGGAAAUUUGUUAUUAUCUUUUCGAGAUUCAUCUCGAUUGAACCAGUGGAAGUUUGCAAUCGUUCCCUGCCUGUUCUCAUUCAAGCAAGCCUUUUGGGAGAAAUUCUUCUCACUCAAGGACAAGCAAAAAUGGGAAGACCAAAACAUGAGUUUUGGCAGUAUGUUGAGAAGACUGGUAGUAGUGGAAAGGAUUUGAAAUGCAUAUUCUGCAAGGAAGUAUUCGAGGGGGGUCCUUCAAUUUCAAGGAUGAGAUUGCAUUUAGCUGGAAUUCAAGGGCAGGGCAUUCAAAUUUGUGAUAAGGUCCCUUCUCAUGUCAAAGCAAGAGCUCACGAAGCAAGCUGUGGACGAAACAAGAAACGUAAAACCGUGCCAAGUUCAAGCACCAAUGAGGAAUAUAAUCUGAUUUCAGAGCAACAAAAUCACCAAGUGGAGAAUCCAGUAGGAGAUGAAGACAUGAUGGAAAUGCAAGUUCGUGAAAUUGAACAACUGGGGGAAGUUGGAAUGGGGAAUUAUGAAGAGACCCAUGUCGGACAACCUUUGCAAUUUGUGGAGUCCAAAGGAGAGGAGUUGCUGACAACAAAGUUGAAGGGUGCAGAGUUUGAGACACAUAUAAAGCAGAUCUAUUCUUGUUUAAGGGAUGAUGAUAAUGUCUCAAAGGUUGGCAUUUAUGGGAUGGGAGGAGUGGGUAAAACUGAGUUAGCCAAACAUAUUUAUAACAAACUUGUGACAGCUGCCAGCCCAUUUGAUCACGUUUAUUGGGUUAAUGUGUCUGAACAUUUUAGUAUAUAUGGACUACAGAACACCAUUGCAAGAAUGGUGGAUCUAGACCUUUCAAGUGUGGACAAUGAGGAUAUACGAGCAGCCAAAUUGUCCGAAGCAUUGAACAAGAAUAAAAGUUUUGUUUUAUUUUUGGAUGAUGUGUGGAAUUAUAUUCCCUUUGACAGGAUUGGAAUUCCUGGAUGCAAGUUGGUUAUUACAACUCGGUCUUUAGAUGUGUGUCGAAGUAUGGAUUGCCAAAAGAAUAUCAAAGUAGAGCCUCUUGGAUAUGGAGCAGCUUGGGAGUUAUUUUUGCAGAAACUGGGGCACCAAUUAGUGCCUAAUGUGGAACCGAUUGCAAGGGAGAUUGUAUUAGAAUGCCAGGGCUUGCCACUUGGGAUUGAAAUAAUGGCAAGAAACAUGAAGCGGAAGGAUGACAUACAUGAAUGGAGGGAUGCAUUGCACAAAUUAACGAGAGGAAUACCUAAGCAAGAGAACUCAGAGAUAUUUGACAAUUUGAAACGUAGCUAUGAUUGUUUGAAUGAUCCAUCUUUGCAACAGUGUUUCCUAUAUUUUGUAUUAUUCGUGCCACCUGAUCAAAAAUUGGAAUCAUUAGAUAUCAAAGAAGUGAUAGAUUUUUUGAUUGAUGUGGGAGUAAUAGAAAGAAGCAGCAGGAAACAAGCAUUCGAUGAGGGCCACACCAUGCUCAACAAACUUGAAAAUCUUUGCUUGUUUAACGGUGGCCAUACUUAUUCUGGAUCCAGAUGGGUGAGUAUGCAUGGGUUGGUUAGGAAAGUGGCCAUCCAACUAAUGGGUACAGAUGCACAAGUUUGGGAAAAGUUGUUCAAAAUGCCAAAGUGGGGGAAUUGGUCAAAAGAUCUUAUGAGAAUUUCACUGAUCUAUAAUGAGAUAAAAGAGAUUCCUUCUGGUUAUUCACCUAACUGUCCUAAUCUUUCAUGCAUUUUGUUGCGUGGCAGUUUUUUGAUCUCAAUCGGAGAUUCUUUCUUCGAGCUAUUGUGUGGACUCAAGGUGCUUGAUCUUUCUGAGACAUCUAUUACAAAAUUGCCAAGUUCCAUCUCUCAUUUGGUUAAUCUAAGCUCAUUAUUACUUGGGAGGUGUGAAAAGUUAAGUCAUGUACCAUCAUUAGCGCUGCUUAGCGCAUUGAAGAAGUUGGACCUUGAUGGUUCUGUAGUUAAAGAAUUUCCUGAAGGAAUAGAAAUGUUGUCCAAUCUCAAGUAUCUGAAUCUUCGAGGAACAGAAAUAGUGUUGCCACCUGGUAUAUUACCAAAGCUUUCCCAAUUGGAAGUCCUCUUGCUUAGCAAUUCAUUCGCAGUUGCAGCAAAGGAAAUAGCAUCGCUGAGCAUGUUGCAAGAAUUGGAAUGUUGCUUCCAUGAUAUUGGUGAGCUUAAGACCUAUGUCCACACGACUAGGACACCUUCAUCCGAUUUAAUGCGAUGGAGUUUUCAUGUAGGAGAAAUCGAUCUUGAAGAUGAAGAUGAGCUUUUCGAAGAUAAUGAGCUAGCAGAUAAUUUUAAGGUUUGUUUGUGGAAUUGCAGUAUCAGCGAAGGAGACAUUCCCCUCUCUCACCUAGAAGAUGUCAAGUAUCUGAGAUUUAUUAACUGCAGCAUUGAAAUUGAGAAUUGUGAUGAUUUACAACGAUUGCUUUCAUUUUCCUCCUCCCCUUCAGUAUUUAAAAGCCUCGAGGAAAUAUCAAUUGAUUCGAAUGAUUUACUCUUCCUGUUUGACAAUGGGGAUAUUCCAAUAGCAGUACCAUCAUCACCAGUGCAUGUUACCUUCUCUCUUCUCAAAAGCAUUCGAAUAUGGGAGUGUUCAAGUAUGAAGAAGUUGUUCCCUCAAGGCUUGAUGUCAAACCUUCAAAAUCUAGAAGACAUUUCUAUAAGCAGUUGUGAUAACAUGGAGGAGCUGAUAUCAAUGGAAGUAGGAAAAGAAAGCUAUAACAGCAAUUCUUUUUCUCUUCUCAAAAGAAUUGAAAUACGGAAGUGUCCAAGUAUGAAGAAGUUGUUCCCUCAGGGCUUGAUGUCAAACCUUCAAAAUCUGGAAGAGAUUGAAGUAAACUUUUGUGAUAACAUGGAGGAGUUGAUAUCAAGGGAAGAAGGAAAAGAAAGCUAUAACAGCAAUUCUUUUUCUCUUCUCAAAAGAAUUCAAAUAUGGAAGUGUCCAAGUAUGAAGAAGUUGUUCCCUCAGGGCUUGAUGUCAAACCUUCAAAAUCUGGAAGAGAUUAAAGUAUGGCAUUGUGAUAACAUGAAGGAGCUGAUAGCAGUGGAAGAAAGAGAAAGAGAAGAAAGCUGUAACAGCAGUAAUGGCACUACUUUCAUCUUUACACUCCCAAAAUUACGGAGUGUUGGAUUGGUAAAGUUGCCACAACUGAAGAGCAUAUGCAGUCAAGAAAUAGUCUGCGAUUCUCUCGAAUAUAUUGAGGUACGACAUUGUGUAAAUCUUGAAAGGAUAGCACUUUCUCUUUUCUUGCCUGACCAAAGCCAGCUGUCCCCUCUCCCUUCCCUUAAAGCUAUCCAUAUUUAUCCCCAACAUUGGUGGGAGCUGUUGGUUGAUUUUGACCAUCCGGAUGCGAAGAAUGUCCUCUUACCCCUUUGUUCCUUCGAGGAUCAAUUUAUGGUGGAUUCUAUUUUUUGAGUAUAAUAUAUGUACUUCAUCAAAAGCUAGUUGUGCAAUGAAAUUAUAUUCUGGUGAUAUUUUUGUAUAAUAAUUAAACCAGUACAUAUAUAAAGCAAGUUAAAA